GAAGGAAAGAAAACAAACGUCAACCAUUACUCCACUCAAAAGACUAGCACUCCUUUCUAUUUAUACACAACACAACCUCCACAAUAACAAGAUACCAUUAAUUCCUAGUUUCCUAAUUCCCACACUACCAAUCUCAACAACAACCGAAAAAAGUGAACAAAUGAUUGAAACAUCAGAAGCUUCAGUUUACGGUGUGAUGGCAAGUUGGCUCACACCCUCCAAUCUAUUCAUUUUCAUCAAUCUCGUCAUUGGAACCAUCGCCAUCUCCUCUCGUUUCGCCAACACGACCAAAAGACAACACCAGCUCGUCCGUUCUCCUUCUUUGCUAGAAAGGCUUGCGUCCUUUAACCUUUGUUAUCACAAACAUGAACCAACAACAAGGAUGAUGACGACGACAACAACAAUGUUUCACAGAGUUGUGGACCCAGUCGAGCGUCUGGAUGAAUUCAGACUCGACCAGGUCCCCUCCUCGUCCUUGUUGGACAGGGUUAGGUCUUUCAACCUGGGGUUUUAUAAGAUUGAUAAUAUUGAAAGACAUGGUCCGGUCCAUAAUUCUGACUUGCCCCAACUGGCCCAGCUGGAUCGGCUUCCUUCUUCAUCUUUGUUGGACCACGUCAAGCCUUUAAAUCUUGAGAUCGAAAGACCUGACCUGGUCCAUAGACUUGACUCGUCCCAGCUUGAUCGGGUUUCGUCCAUAUCAUUGCUGGAACGAGUCAGGUCAUUUAAUCUUGGCUUUAGUAAAGUCGAGAUGGAAAAGCCUGAUUCGAUACAGCAACAGCUAACCCGUGCUCCCUCGAUCCUCCAGCGGCUUAAGUCUUCCUUGUCGUUUGAGCCUGAAUCCGAAGUUACCGGUGGUGGAGAGUUGGCGGAGGAAACUGAAGAAGAAGGGGUGGAUGCAAAGGCUGAUGAUUUCAUCAACAGGUUUAGGCAGCAACUGAGGUUGCAAAGGCUUGACUCUAUUAUACGUUACAGGGAUAUGCUCAAACGAUACUAAGAACUAGAGAAGAGAAGAGAAGAAACUCUUGGAUCCAAUAUUUUCCCCAAUAGUUCAUUCCUUCACCACCAGCUGCAUGAACACGAGAAUUCUGCUAGCUAGGGUGUUGUUUGUUUGUUUGUAAUGGUAUGGUGUUCCGCAAGGCUUGAUAAACCGUUGCUAGUUCUUUUUUUCUUGUAUACUGAUUUGUUUGAACUGAUUAUAGUUCAUAAAGUACAAUUAAUUACAAUUCCCAUACUGAAAA